AUGGACUGGCAUAAAAGCUUCGUGGCAGCUCUAUUGAUCAGUUGCUGUAAUGGGUUUUUAGUGAAGGGUCCAUCUGGUCCAUUGGUUGCUCCUCUGGGGUCAUCCGUGGUUUUGCCCUGUUAUGUUAACGAAUCUUUACCUGUGAAAGAACUAAAAGUGAUCUGGAUAAGAACAAAUCUGAACACUUUAGUGCAUGUUUUUCAAGACGGCGAGAGUCGACCAGAUGCCCAGUAUCAGGAUUAUUAUCAAAGAGCUCAUUUCUUUACUGAGGAGAUUCAGUAUGGGAACUUUUCUCUCCGCCUGGAUGACAUUAGAGCUGAAGAUAAAGGCUUUUACCGAUGUAAAGUGUACACUGAGCAGGAAUCUGAUGAAACCCUGGUUCAAAUUAAAACAGUCGAGUAUUUGAGUGUGUCAGGAUCUGCCGGUCCAGUUUCUGCGUCUGUGGGUGAAGACGUCACUCUCAGCUGCGCUGUAAAGUCUCACGUCCCUCCUGAAGAGAUUGAGCAGGUCUCAUGGAGAAAAACAGAUAAAGACCUCCAGCUUCUGCUUUUUGAGAAGAGCGCUGUGAUUUCUGGAGAUGAGCGAUACAGAGAGCGCGUGGAGUUUUUCUCCUCUGAAAUCCCCAAAGGAAACUUCUCUGUCAGACUGAGGAGCACCAGAACUGAAGACGCAGGAGUUUACAUGUGUCUCGUCAAGACUGGAAACUUUUCAGCCAGUGCAACUGCAGUACUGGAGAAACUGGGUUACUCUGUUUUACACAUAAUUGUGUUGAUUCUCUGUAUUGCUGCAUCGGGAUCUGCUGUGAUACUGUGA